AUGACGGAAAAGGGCGAAGGGCACAAACGCUCGAAAAGUGCUUUGGCACUGGCGAUUCUGCAUCGCGACAAGUCAAAGGAUAACUUCGAGGACGCCGGUGGCCGUGAUAGCGGCACGUCGCCUGACUCUCCCACCUCGUCCCCGGUCAACAACAGCAGUAACCUAUCCAUCUCCGCCAUCUCGACGCACCGAAGCUCUAGUUUCCGAAGGUCACGCCAAGAGCUGAACCCACCACCAUCCAUGCCUACGGAUAGUUCUUCGGACCCUGCAGGCUUAAGCCAGGGCGCCGACAAUAUCGAAAAAAUGCCGUCCUUGUCCCAAACCGAGAGCGUGGCCAUGUCACUCGAUCAGUCUGUGCGGACGUUCCGACUCUUCGAGAUCCUAAGAAGCGGCGAUACAACCGCAAUCUCCAAAGCUAUUAAAGAGAGCAAGGAUCCACAGGGGGCAAACGGGCUCACGGGGACAACGAUGCUCCACUUGGCGAUUCAAUGUGCGGAGCCCCAGGUUGUGGAAUACGUGCUAUCAGCUGGCGAUGAUGGUCUUGACAUUAAUGCGCGUGAUCGAGAGGGGAAUACGCCCUUGCAUCUUGCUGCUCAGUUAGGUCGCGGUCCCGUUGUCCGCGAGCUGCUGAACAGACCUUCGAUCAACGACUCAAUCGUGAAUUACCAGGGCCAGACGGCCCUCGAAAUUGCGCGUACGCCGGAGAUUUUCCAGCAACUACAGCUUGCUCGCUCGCUUUUCAUUGAUAGCAAAACACAAGAGAUCCAAUCCCUGAUCUCCCAGGGCGAUUACGAUAGGUUAGAGAGGCUGCUGGAAGAGCCCCGGGUAGAAGGCAUUCUGGACGUCAAUUCUCUGGAUCUUGUUACAGACCCUGCGACUCUCCACUCCGGGGGCACACUCCUGCAUGAGGGAGCUAGAAAGAAAGAUACAAAGCUUAUACAAAUCCUUUUGAUGCAUGGAGCUGAUCCUUUCCGCCGUGAUAAAAAGGGUAAAUUGCCACAAGAUGUCACGAAAGAUGACAGGACGCGGUCUAUCGUCAAAAAGUCCCCCGCGGCUGUCAUUGCCCAGCGCGGUAUCCAGGAGAAGGCCAUUCUCGGCACAAGUUCUGGCCAAGGGGUCUCAGGGCGGCCUGGGGCCGGUGAGGCCUCCUUUGGCGGCAAGGAUUCGAGGGAGAUGAGAGGUUAUCUGAAGAAAUGGACCAACUAUACGAGUGGCUAUAAACUCCGAUGGUUUGUUCUCGAGGACGGGGUCCUUAGUUAUUACAAGCAUCAAGAUGAUGCGGGCUCUGCCUGCCGUGGUGCUAUUAACAUGAAAAUUGCCAGGCUUACCAUGGACUCCCAGGACAAGACUCGCUUUGAGAUCCUUGGAAAGUCGUCUGUCAAGUAUCACCUCAAAGCAAACCACGUCGUAGAGGCCAAACGUUGGUUCUGGACCCUCAACAACGCCAUCCAGUUCGCCAAGGACGAAGCCAAGGAAGAAGAACGGCGCCAAACAAAGCACGCCGAAGUACUGCGCCAGGCAAAGAUUGAUCAGAUCGAGGGUCGACCGAGCGAGAAUCCAUCCGAAUCUCCAAGCUACGGUGCGUCCAAGUCGAAUGGAAAAGGGCUGGCCCCCAUGUCUCUUGGUGUUCCUAGCAGUAGUGGCACAAAGCUCAGCACAUAUACUUCACGUACGACUCUUGAUGGUGGCCCCCCGGACGACGACGGCUCGCUGUAUGGCUCAUUUGAUCAAGGUCCUGCCAACGAUAUCAACAGAGUGGCUAGCCAUGUUACCACGGCCCCUGAUCUGGAAGGCGACGAUGAUGAUUACGGUGAUUAUACCUCUAGUCGUGAGACCCCGCCCACUGAUAAAGACGCACUGAAUAUUACCGCGCAGUCCGCAAAACUUCAAUUAGAUAUACUCGCCAAUGUCGCCUCUUCUUUGCAAGCGGAGCGGACAAAUAACCCGGAAAUCGCACUGUCAGACCCUACGGUUGAUCAAGCCCUGACUGCUUAUGAGGCAGCCGUAAGCAGCUUGAAAGACCUAGUGCAAAGUCUCUUAAAGAUCUCCCGGGAUCGCGACUCAUACUGGCAAUAUCGGUUGAAUCGAGAAGCGUACUUGCGGAAGAUGUGGGAAGAGAGCAUGGCACGGAUUGCCCAAGAGCAUGAAGAACUUCAAUCUAAGAUGGGCGAAUCGGAGGAGAAGAGGCGGCGUACUAAGCGCGCCCUAAAGGAAGCCCUUGAGAGUUCAGCACCGAAUAUCAGUCGUGCUGCCGUCAAGGCCGCAUCCAACGAAGCGGGAAUUGAGGGUGAGGACGAGCUGAAAUCCCAGGCGCCAGAAAUCGUGGAGGACGUUUCUUCGCACCUUGGCGAGCAGGACGAACCUGGGCGCCCUUCACUGCGCCGCAAAAAAUCCGCCCUGUCGAAGAUCAGCAGUCUCUAUGAUUCGGACUCGGACGAUGGCGAGGAAGAAGAAUUCUUUGACGCCAUUGAUGCGGGAGAGAUUGAAGUGGUGAACCGCACUGCCCCCGAAGUGCACGAAGAAGAGGAGGAGGCACCGGAAGAGACGACUAAACUUCGUGCUGUAAGGCGCACUGAGAUCGUGCCCUCAUUCCGCGGCUACGAAGAAGGUAUUCGAGAGAGACUCAAGAUGGACUAUGACAACCGACCGAAGAUCUCAUUAUGGGGCAUUUUGAAAUCCAUGAUCGGCAAAGACAUGACCAAAAUGACCCUUCCGGUCUCCUUCAACGAGCCAACUUCACUCCUCCAACGUGUCGCCGAAGAUCUCGAGUACACCGAUCUUCUAGACGUGGCUGCGGACCAGACGGAUUCGAUGGAGCGCCUAGUGUAUGUUGCGGCCUAUGCUGCAAGUGAGUACGCCUCCACUAUCGGCCGUGUCGCCAAACCAUUCAAUCCCCUGCUGGGUGAAACUUUCGAAUACGUCAGGCCGGAUAAAGGGUAUCGAUUCUUCGUCGAACAAGUCAGCCACCAUCCCCCGAUUGGUGUUGCUUUGGCCGAAUCUCCAAAGUGGGACUACUGGGGAGAAUCAUCUCUCAAGUCCAAAUUUUACGGUAAAUCAUUCGACAUCAACCUUUUGGGGACAUGGUUCUUGAAAUUACGCCCUGCUUCUGGUGGAGAGGAACUUUACACGUGGAAAAAGGUCACAUCCUCAGUUAUUGGUAUCAUUACUGGUAACCCCACCGUCGAUAAUUAUGGUCUGAUGGAAAUCAAGAACUGGACUACCGGCGAGGUAUGCUACCUAGACUUCAAGCCUAGGGGCUGGAAAGCGUCGUCGGCGUACCAGGUGUCUGGCAAGGUUGUUGAUCGGGACGGCUCGCCUAGAUGGAGUAUUGGCGGCCGUUGGAAUGACAAACUCUAUGCCCGCCAUACGCCUGGAUUUGAAGCCCCAGUAUCUGGACAGGAUCCGGAGUCGGCCAAGACGAUUCUAGUCUGGCAGGCCCAUCCUCGCCCGACUGGAAUUCCCUUUAACCUUACGCCGUUCGUCAUCACCCUCAACGCGCUGACUGACAGCCUGCGACCACAUCUUCCGCCCACUGAUACUCGCCUCCGACCUGAUCAGCGCGCAAUGGAAGAGGGCGAAUACGACUUUGCCGCUACUGAGAAGCAUCGCGUCGAGGAGAAGCAGCGUGCCAAGCGGAGGGAGAGAGAGGCCAAGGGCGAAGAGUACAAACCCAAGUGGUUCAGCAAGGAUAAGUGUCCUAUCACUGGGGAAGAGUACUGGGCGCACACCGGCGACUACUGGGGCUGCAGGGACAAGCAGGAUUGGAGCAAGUGCGAAGACAUCUUCUGA